AUGAGAAAGGGUGAAGGGCGUGGAGGGAACGAGAAGGGUGAAGUGCGUGGAGGGAACGAGAAGGGUGAAGGGCGCGGAGUGAAAGACAAGGGUGAAGUGCGUGGAGGGAACGUGAAGGGUGAAGGGCGCGGAGUGAAAGACAAGGGUGAAGGGCGCGGAGUGAAAGACAAGGGUGAAGUGCAUGGAGGGAGCGAGAAGGGUGAAGGGCGCGGAGUGAAAGACAAGGGUGAAGGGCGCGGAGUGAAAGACAAAGGUGAAGGGCGCGGAGUGAAAGACAAGGGUGAAGUGCGUGGAGGGAGCGAGAAGGGUGAAGGGCGCGGAGUGAAAGACAAGGGUGAAGUGCGUGGAGGGAGCGAGAAGGGUGAAGGGCGCGGAGUGAAAGACAAGGGUGAAGGGCGUGUAGGGAACGAGAAGGGAAAAGGGCGUGGAGGGAACGAGAAGGGUGAAGGGCGCGGAGUGAGAGACAAGGGUGAAGGGCGUGGAGGGAACGAGAAGGGAAAAGGGCGUGGAGGGAACGAGAAGGGUGAAGGGCGCGGAGUGAGAGACAAGGGUGAAGGGCGUGGAGGGAACGAGAAGGGUGAAGGGCGUGGAGGGAACGAGAAGGGUGAAGGGCGUGGAGGGAACGAGAAGGGUGAAGGGCGCGGAGUGAAAGACAAGGGUGAAGGGCGUGGAGGGAACGAGAAGGGAAAAGGGCGUGGAUGGAACGAGAAGGGUGAAGGGCGUGGAGGGAACGAGAAGGGUGAAGGGCGUGGAGGGAACGAGAAGGGUGAAGGGCGCGGAGUGAAAGACAAGGGUGAAGGGCGUGGAGGGAACGAGAAGGGUGAAGGGCGUGGAGGGAACGAGAAGGGUGAAGGGCGCGGAGUGAGAGACAAGGGUGAAGGGCGUGGAGGGAACGAGAAGGGUGAAGGGCGUGGAGGGAACGAGAAGGGUGAAGGGCGUGGAGGGAACGAGAAGGGUGAAGGGCGCGGAGUGAAAGACAAGGGUGAAGGGCGUGGAGGGAACGAGAAGGGAAAAGGGCGUGGAUGGAACGAGAAGGGUGAAGGGCGUGGAGGGAACGAGAAGGGUGAAGGGCGUGGAGGGAACGAGAAGGGUGAAGGGCGCGGAGUGAAAGACAAGGGUGAAGGGCGUGGAGGGAACGAGAAGGGUGAAGGGCGUGGAGGGAACGAGAAGGGUAAAGGACGUGGAGGGAACGAGAAGGGUGAAGGGCGUGGAGGGAACGAGAAGGGUGAAGGGCGUGGAGGGAACGUGAAGGGUGAAGGGCGUGGAGGGAACGAGAAGGGUGAAGGGCGCGGAGUGAAAGACAAGGAGAUCCCCCUUUGCGUCGCAGCUCAACACUCGCUCUCCUCACCUCCGACCUCACAACUCACUCCCUCCGACGCCCACACCACUCUAGGACCCUCAUGCUUCCCCUCACGUCCUUCCCCUUCCUCAUUGGGCCGCCCCCUCGCCGCUAAGGGCACUUCGAAUGCAAUGAGGGGGCCAAGAAAAGAGUUGAAGGAGUGUUGCUUGGAAGGACAGAAUAGAUGCUAG